CAGCGCUCCGCUCCAUCACUGCACUCCUCCUCGGGAGCGUCUCACAGGCCCCGGGCUAGACACGGUGUCCGUGCUACAGGUACCUUUGGUGGCCUCCCGCUGUGAACUUGGCAAACCCACUGUGAAAUCCUCUCUGAAGUGACGCCCACUGGGAGGUCUGAAGCAACCUUGCAAGGCCUUAGGUGUAAAGUUGGUCAGCAGCGGGCUGAGAGAGAUGAAGACAUGUGCCAUGUUUCUGGCAGCUCUGCUGCUCCCCAGCAUCCAAGCAGUAUGUCCGGAUAAGGAGUCAGGACUGCAGCCAUGGAUGCCGGGACACAGUGAAGACCACCGUGUUACAAUCAGUUAUGGCAGGAAGGUCCUCCUCACAACUUCAGCUACGGUCCACUCUAUUGAGAUACUUAGUGGAGGAAAGCUGGUGAUUGCUGACACCAACCGGGCCAUACUGCUUCGAACGAAACACAUUCUGAUUGGGAAUAAGGGAGAACUGCACAUUGGAAGCCCAGCUUGUCCUUAUAAAGGCAACCUCACCAUCUCCCUUUAUGGAAGAUUGGAUGCCAUUGACAAUGAACACAGCUACUUUGGGAGGAAGUACAUUGGUGUGGGGACAGGAGGGACACUAGAGAUCCACGGAGAAAAGAAGCUGUCAUGGACAUUCCUUAACAAGACCCUCAAGCCCGGAGAGAGCAACCAAAACAACUAUCUGUUCCAGAGAAGCUGGGGGAGCCGAGGCAUCAUUAUCCACGUAAUCGACCCCAAGACCGGAGAGGUGCUGCACAAUGACAGGUUUGACACAUACCGUAGUAAGGAGGAGAGUCGUCGCCUUGCAAAGUAUGUGGAUGGUGUGGAGGCGGGGCUCAUACUGGCCAUGUUGGUCAAUGACGAGGGCUCCAACAACUUGGAGGACUUGGCCAAGAAGAGCCUCUCUAGGCUGGGCAGCCAGCACAUCAGCACUCUGGGAUUUCGGCAUCCCUGGACCUUUAUAGUAAUACAAGGGCAUGCAUCUUCUGCAGUGGAGGGUCAUGCUGUCUAUCAAGGGACCAAGGCCUCCUCAGAGGCCCGGAGCUCUUGUGUUUUUCAGUCAACUUAUGGGGAACAUUUCACAAUUACCACAAGCAGUCAAUGGGUACAAGAGGCAGAAUGGACAGAAUGGUUUGACAGGGACGAUGAGAGGGGAUCUGGAGACUGGGAGAAAGUGUCUGACCUGCACGAGGCCUACCCAGACAGACUGUGUAGCAGUCCACUCGACAUCCAGGCUGAAACCCAUGAUGGCAUACCAGCCAACCAGACUCAAGAUGUGAUCCACAAGAAUGACAAGGAAUAUGGCUUUGUCUGCCUCAACAAGGACCAGGCUCACGGACUCUGUCACAACUACAGGGUUCGCUUCCUCUGUGGAAAACUGGUUCGUCCGCAGGCCUCCAUUUCCAUCGAUAUGUUGUCCAACAGCAGCAUCCUGGAGCUGGCCGACCAACCAGAGAACUGGAGGUCCCGGGAUCGGAUAGUCGUGGCCAGUACCGACUACUCCAUGCACCAGGCUGAAGAGUUCGCCCUGUUGCCCUGCCCUACCUGCACUUCUAACCAGGUCAAGAUCCAAGGUAAGGCCCAGUUCAUCCACAUGGGUGGGGAAGUGGACGGGGUAGACAUGAGGGCGGAGGUGGGCCUGCUGAGCCGUAACAUCCUGCUCCGUGGUGAGAUGGAACCCGGCUGCUAUGGCAACGAGGCCUGCAAAUUCUUCGACUUUGACACUUUUGGUGGACAUUUGAAGGUGGAGCGGGGCUUCAGGGCAGUUCAUAUAUCUGGGGUGGAGCUGAAGCACAUGGGCCAGCAGACAAUGGGACACUACCCGAUCCAUUUCCAUAUGAACGGAGACGUAGACGAGAAGGGAGGUUACGACCCCCCGACUUCUGUCAGUGAUCUCUCCAUCCACCACUCCUUCUCCCGCUGCGUAACCAUCCACAGCUCCAAUGGACUGCUGGUGAAGAAUGUGGUUGGCUAUGACACACUAGGCCACUGUUUCUUCACGGAGGAUGGUCCAGAAGAAAGAAACACGUUUGACCACUGUUUGGGUCUGAUGGUGCGAGCCGGGACUCUGCUGCCUUCAGACAGAGAUAGCAAAAUGUGCCGUGACAUCACUGAAGGCACCUACCCAGGAUAUGUGGCCAACCCACGGCAGGACUGCAGCGCCACUUCAACUUUCUGGAUUGCCAACCCUAAUAACAACCUCAUCAACUGUGCUGCUGCAGGUUCAGAGGAAACGGGUUUCUGGUUUAUCUUCCACCAUGUGCCCACCGGGGCCUCAGAGGGGCUGUACUCCCCCGGACACACUGAACACACACCUAUGGGCCAAUUCACUAACAACAGAGCCCAUUCCAACUACAGGGCUGGAAUGAUCCUUGAUAAUGGAGUAAAGACCAACCAGGCAAACGACAAGGACAAGAGACCCUUCCUGUCUCUGAUUGGAGCUAGGUAUGGCCCCCAUCAGGAUGCUGAUCCCUUCAAACCCAGAGUCCCUGCUCUAAUCCACCAUUUUGUAGCCUAUAAGAACCAGGACCACGGAGCCUGGCUGAGAGGAGGGGAUGUCUGGCUGGAUGACUGUCAAUUUGCUGAUAACGGCAUUGGCCUCACUCUGGCGAGUGGAGGGACAUUUCCAGAUGAUGACGGCUCUCGACAGCAGGUGAAAAACUCGCUGUUUGUGGGUGAAAGUGACAAUCGUGGGAUGCCCCUCUUUGGCAACAACAUCUGGGGCCCUGGGGGUUCUGACCUCACCGGCAGAGCCCUGCCACGUGGCAUUGAUUUUCCUAUCCGAGGAAUGCAGAUCUACGAUGGGCCCAUCAACAUGCAGAAUUGUACAUUUCGGAAAUACACAGCGCUGGAUGGACGACACACCAGUGCCUUUGGCUUCAGGCUCAACAACUCGUGGCAGAGCUGCCCCAAUAACAAUAUCACUAACAUCAUCUUUGACCACGUACCUAUCACGUCUCGAGUGUUUUUUGGGGAGCCAGGUCCCUGGUUCAAUAAGAUGCAGAUGGACGGAGACAAGACAACCAUCUUCCACGAUAUUGAUGGUUCAGUCAGUCAGUAUCCCGGAGCCUUCCUGGUUAAAGAGGACAACUGGCUGCUCCGUCACCCCGACUGCAUUGACGUGCCCGACUGGAAGGCUGCUAUCUGCAGCGGCCACUAUGCACAGAUCUAUGUUCAGACACGUAACCCUGCCGACCUGAACAUGCACAUGGUGAGAGAUGAGUACCCUGAACGGCCCCUGACACUGGAGGGUGCACUGGGGAAGAAGAAACACUAUCAGCAAUUCCAGCCAGUAAUCACACUGGCCAAAGGCUACACCAUCCACUGGGACAAGGCAGCGCCCACUGAGGUCACCAUCUGGCUCAUCAACUUCAACAAAAAUGACUGGAUCAACGUGGGCCUCUGCUACCCACAAGGAACCACCUUCACCGUCAUCUCCGAUAUCCACAACCGCCUGACCAAGCAGACCCGCAAGACCGGCGUCUUCAUGAGGACAACACAGAGGGACAAGAUCAACCACUCCCACCUGGCAAGAGGAUACUACUACUGGGAGGAAGACACUGGCCUGCUCUUCUUGAAGGUCAAGGCCCAUAACGACAGGACACAGUUCGCCUUCUGCUCUCUCAAGGGUUGUGAGAGGGUGAAGAUCACAGCCGUCAUCCCUAAAGGCAGUCUACCCAGCAACUGCAUGGCCCAGGCCUACCCCAAACAUGCUGAGCUGCCCACUGUGGAUGUACCCAUGCCCAGAAAGAUACCUAAUGGCAGGCUGCACUCACCAGAACACUUCUUGGAGGUCAAACUGGAGUCCUACAACACUCGAUUUUUCCACAUUAAAGAGGACUUUGCCUUUACUGAGGUGAACGGCAGGAAGUUGUACCAACCAGAAGAUGGGGUGCAGCUGACAGUUAUUGAUGGACAUGAUGGGAAGGUGGUAGAGAACAAAGGCUUCAGGAAUUCCAUCUUACAGGGGAUCCCGGCACAGAUAGACAACUACGUCAGUGGACUGAGAGACGGUUCAAUCGUACUCAUUACAUCUAAGGGUCGUUUGGUCACCAGAGGAACCUGGACUAAAGUCUUGGAAAGACUUGGAGCAGACAAAAGCAUAAAAUUGAAAGAUAAGCUGGCAUUUGUGGGCUUCAAGGGCUCUUUCCACCCUGACUGGAUCCAUGUCGAGGUAGAUGCCAACCGAGCCAAGAUCCAUCAGGUCCUGCCUGUCCCUGUGGUCCGUAAGAUGAAGCUAUGAAUUGCAGGCAGAGCGGGGAGGACAGCAAAAAGAGACUAUGACACAUUGCCCACCCAUCCCCCUGAAAAAUGCACAGACACACACUUACACAUACACAUACACUGCCAGCAGCGCAGUUAGUUGCUCCAAGACAUUGUCAAGAAUUGUCCAUUUUUCUAGAUUUGGCAAUGAGAAAGAAUGAUGUGAUUUGGUGUGUUCAAAAGGGGAAGACCCUCUCCAGAGCCAGCACUGCUUCACCAUCAAUUGGAUCUGUGUAAGCAAGCCCACCAGUGGAGGACUUUAAGAUGACAACACGCCCUCUGGGGCCAUAUUUGAGGUCCUUAUCUCUCAAGCAAAGUGGCUCAGAAGAGCCAUGGGUGUUUGCAGAAAUGGGUCUGUCUCCACGGACAUCAAUAUACAUAACUGAUAUGGGUCUCGUUUCUCUGAAAACUA